AUGUCUGGAUUAUCAAAAGAUUUAAUUUUACAUCAAAACAUCAUCAACCAAUCAAUUCUAAAACCAAUCUAUAACACUUUAGAAUUCUAUUUAGAUUUCAAUUGUCCAUUUUCAGCUAAAAUCUUUAAAUCUAUCAACCAAUACUUAAUACCAAUCUUGCAUGAAAAUCAAAUUCAAACUUCUUUAAUCAUUCGACAAGUACCACAACCAUGGCAUCAUGCUUCAACUUUUACUCAUCAAGCUUCAUUAGCAGUAUCUAAACUUUUAUUACAAUCAAACCAAUCACAAGAAGAAUUGGUUCACAAACAAUGGAAAUGGUUUACUGAACUAUUUGAAAAACAAACUGAAUAUUUUGAUGAACCUACUUUAAAUGAAACUCCAAUCGUCACUAAACAAAGAUUAUCUGAAUUGGUUUUCAAAACUUUAGAUCUCAAUCAACAAACCUUUUUAGAUUUGGUCAGUUUGAAUGGGGUUGGUAAUGCUGGUACAAAAGUCGAUCAAACUUUAAAAUCUUGUGUUAGAUAUGCUCGUCAAAAUGGUGUUCAUGUGACUCCAACCGUGGCUUUUAAUGGAAUCAUUGAUCCUUCGAUCUCUUCUUCUUUUGUUAAAGAAGAUUGGGAGAAAUUCAUUAAAGAAAAGUUCAAUUAA